AGAUUAAAUCUAUUCCAGCUAAAAAACAAGAAGAGAAGGAUGUGGGUUAGGAGCUGGAUUUCAAAAAGACAGGAUAGUGGUUUUUUUGCUCAAUUGGUGAAAGAAUUACACAGCGAAGAAAUGAAUUCAUACGCUAACUUUUUACGCAUGAGUAAUAAGGACUAUGAAUACUUGCUUCAAAAAGUUGAACCAUUGAUUAGGAAACAAGAUACUCAUCUUAGGCUAGCUAUUUCACCUUCAGAACGGCUCAUGCUUACUUUACGGUUUUUAGCAACAGGUGAGUGGUGAAAGACAUGAGUUUGUUUUCUAGGAUGUAUUUAACUUAAAAAGCAAACAAAAACAACUUCUAAUUAAAUCAUUUUUAAUUGUAGGAGAUAGCUAUCAUUCCCUGCAAUACCUUUUUCGGAUUCCAGUCACGACCAUUUCAAGGAUUAUACCUGAAGUUUGUGAAGGGAUAUUUACUGUGCUGAAAACGGAUUAUCUCCAGAUCCCAAACUCUCAGGAAGAAUGGUAUGAAGUUGCAAAGGGAUUUGAAAAGAUUUGGAAUUUUCCAAACUGUUUAGGUGCUCUAGAUGGCAAGCACGUGGUUAUGAAAGCACCAAGGAAUAAAGGCAGUCUUUAAUUUAAUUAUAAAAGAACACAUAGCAUAGUCCUCAUGGCACUAGUUGAUGCAAAAUACAAAUUUCUUUAUGUGGAUGUCGGAUGCAAUGGACGCAUAUCUGAUGGUGGCAUGUAUGCAAACUGUUCAUUGUCAAGAGCAUUCGAAAACAACAUGUUAAACAUGCCAAAACCAAGGCCAUUACCGGGUGAAUCUGAAGAUGCACCUUUUGUUGUUAUUGCCGAUGAUGCUUUUGCCUUGACUUCCUAUUUAUUAAAACCUUUUCCUUUCAAAAACCAACCCGGAUUUAAUCGGGUUUUUACCUACAGAAUAUCAAGAGCAAGGCGUGUAGUUGAAAAUGCUUUCGGACUGAUCUCGGCUCGAUUUUGUGUUCUUAGACGACCAAUAGACCUACCUCCAGAGAAGGUUAAAAAAAUUGUACUUGCAAUAUGUUCUUUGCAUAAUUUCUUACUGACCCAAAAAAGUUCGGCACAUUUAUAUGCCCCAAAUGGAAUAUUUGAUACUGAAAAGGAUGGGAACGUUAUCAAUGGGAGAAAUGGAGGAAAUCCUAUAGCUAAUAUGGUUCCUUUACAGAUUACAAACGUUAGAAACCCAUCGAAAACAGCCAAAGAAGUACGAGAACAAUUUAAAAAUUAUUUUGUAUUAUUAAUUUUCAGAUAAUGAUUGUAGAAGGAAGAUAAACCAAAAUA